AAACGUGAACGCGGAACUAGUACGACAAAACCAAGAAACUACAACGAAAUGUAGGCAAAGGUAAAGUGGGGUAAAAUGAAGACCAAAAAUCACAAUCUCUAUCUAUAAAUAACUUGAGUUGAUGAGUUUUUUUUUUCUCAAAACAUACAUUUGUUUGAUUCCACAAAAACAACAAAACACAUUAUUACUUGCACAGUUAUGGGUGAUCUAGUGGGUGGAGCUGUCGUUGGAGCUGUGGUGGGAGAGGCUCUGAAAUACCCAAUUGAAGCAUUCAACAGAGGUCGAAAGUACCCUUCCACUCUCGAAAGAGGCAGAAAAACUUGCAAUGCUUUGGCUCCUCUGGUUGAAGAGAUAAUUGUUUGCAACGAUUCGUUGGGUCGACCAAGUGAAGAUACAGAAAUAGUAGAGACUAUCACAGGAGAGCUCACAGAUCUUGUAAGAAAAAGCAAGAAGCCUACUUUCAAGAAUUGUUUGUCUUGUCCAGCUCAACAAGAAAAGCUUCAGAAGAAACUUGAUGCUCUUGACUGGCAUUCGUCUGUUGUUGUUCCAUUUGAGAAUAAAAGGGAUUUGAUGAAGCUGUUGGUUCUUGCGGAAAAGAUUCAUGGGAAUCAAAUAAGGUUUUGGUGUGGUGCUCCUCAAGUUCCUGAAUUUACUGGAAGGCUUGACCUUUUCACUGAGUUGAAGAUUGAGUUGCUCAAGUAUGGUGUUUCUGUGUUUCUUUUGACUGGUUUGGGUGCUUCUGUUAAACCCACUCUUCAAAUGAACCUUUCUUGGGAUCCACAAAUCCAAGCCAAAUUUCGUGGAAACAUCUUCGUUGUUACCGUCUCAAGAACUCCCAAUUUGAAGUACAUUGUACAAACACUGUUUGCUCGCUGUGGACUUUGGAUGCCUGAGUUUCAAAGUGAUGAAGAUGCAAUUAACGAAUUGGGACUUCUAUUUUGGAAAAUUAGUAUAUAUCCAAUAUUAUUAGUCUUGGAUGAUGUUUGGCCUGGCUCAGAAAGCCUUGUGGAGAAGUUCAAAUUUAAAUUGCCAGAUUAUAAGAUUUUGGUGACUUCAAGGGUUGGAUUUAGAAGAUUUGACACCCUGUGCCAGUUGAGUCCACUUGAUCAUGAUCCUGCAGUGUCCCUUUUCUGUCACUAUGCUAAAUUGAAUCACAGCAGCUCAUACAUGCUGGAUAGAGAUCUUGUUGAUGAGAUAGUGGAAGCUUGUAAGGGUUCACCGUUGGUGCUAAAGGUCAUUGCUGGAUCACUUCGUAAUCAGCCUUUUGAGAAGUGGCUAGAUAUGAAGAAACGUUUAAAUAGUCAAUCCAUUCUUGAUUCUAAUAGUACUGACUUGCUUUGUCGCCUUCAACAAAGUUUGGAUAUGUUGGAGGAUAUCAAUGAGAAGGAGUGCUUCCUGGAUAUGGGACUAUUUCCUGAAGACCAGAGGAUCCCUGUUACUGUCCUCAUUGAUAUAUGGGCAGAAAUGUAUGACCUAGAUGAAGAUGGUAUUAAAGCGAUGGUCAUCAUCCACGAUUUAAUUACCAGGAAUUUUAUUAAUGUCAUAGCUACAAGGCAAGUUGCAACAAAAACAGACAUGUACUACAAUAACCACUAUGUCAUGCUGCAUGAUCUCCUUAGAGAAUUAGCAAUCCAUCAAAGCAAAGGGGAACCAUUUGAACAGAGAAAAAGACUGAUCAUUGACUUAAAGGGAGAUACUCGUCCUGAUUGGUGGGUUGUACCGAAUCAGCAAGGAAUCAUUAGUAAUUGGUACUCAUUCAUUACCGGAAUGUUGGUAAAACAGAAACAACUAAAGGUUGCUGCCCGGAUAUUGUGUAUAUCAACUGAUGAAAUUUUUUCUUCGGAUUGGUGUGAUAUGCAACCUGACAAGGCUGAGGUUCUGGUUUUGAAUCUUCGAUCUGACCAGUACUCAUUGCCGGAUUUCACAAAGAAAAUGAGGAAACUGAAAGUUUUGAUAGUCACAAAUUAUGGUUUCAGUCGUUCUGAAUUAACCAAGUUUGAGCUACUUGGUUCUUUAUCAAACUUGAAAAGAAUAAGGUUGGAGAAAGUUUCAGUCCCUUGCCUAUGCAUAUUGAAGAAUCUGCGAAAGUUAUCCCUUCAUAUGUGCAGUACAAAUAAUGCUUUUGAAAGCUGUUCUAUCCAAAUUUCAGAUGCUAUGCCAAAUCUAGUGGAGUUGAGCAUUGACUAUUGUAACGAUUUGAUUAAACUGCCUGGUGAAUUUUGUAAAAUUACCACAUUGAAGAAGCUCAGUAUCACAAACUGCCACAAGUUUUCUGCAAUGCCUCAAGAUAUUGGGAAGUUGGUGAAUUUGGAAGUGCUAAGGCUUUGUUCCUGUUCUGAUUUAAAAGAGAUUCCAGAAUCCGUUGCAGACCUUAACAAACUACGUUGUCUCGACAUCUCAGACUGUGUGACUCUUCACAUAUUACCAAAUAAUAUUGGGAACUUGCAAAAGCUUGAGAAGCUCUACAUGAAGGGUUGCUCAAACUUGAGUGAGUUGCCUGAUUCUGUGAUCAAUUUUGGAAACUUAAAGCAUGAAAUGCAAGUGAUCUGUGAUGAAGAAGGUUCUGCCUUAUGGGAACAUCUUUCCAACAUUCCAAAGCUAAAGAUAUAUAUGCCUAAAGUAGAGCAUAACUUAAUUUGGCUUCAUGGAAUUCGUUCCUGAGUAUUGUUUCAUGAAGAAAAAGUGACUUGAAGUCGUGCUGAAACUUGUAAACUUGUGUAUGUUUUCCUGUUACAAAAAUCUUGUCCAUACUGUAGUGAACAAAGUAUGAGUUUGUGUUGGACAAAAAGAUCACUCCAUUUGUAUAUUAUUCUGGAAUAAAAACAAUGUUUUCCCAUUCGUUUGAAGAGAAAAUAGGAUCCGAGUGCAGCCUUUUUGAGCAAGGAUUGUACAUCAUUAAGGAUUAA